CCGAAUACGCCCCCCCCCCUCUGAUAAAUCACAGUGGAGCGAAUUUGCGAGUUAACCCAUUGAACCUCCGUCGGUUGGGCAAAGCGCUCCGUGUCCAUCGUGUGUAAUAUGCAUUAAGGCGAGGACGGGCAGCGCCAUGGAAUUCUACAUCAACCUGAAGGUGAAUUUCAGAGGAAAUUCCAAAAAUUUCCUCCUGUCAGGAUCUGAGACCAAGAGCUGGGAGUCGAUGGAGGCCAUGGUAAAGCGCUCGUUUGGCCUGUGCAGUCUUCAGCUGACCUAUUUCGACGAGGAGAACGAGGAGGUGUCCAUUAACAGCCAAGUGGACUAUGAGGAGGCAUUGAAGAGUGCAGCGAGGCAGGGGAACCGACUCCACAUGAACGUGUACGAGACUCGGGGCCAGCCGGCGAGGGUCCCCACCACCAAGGCCAGCGGAACAGAGCCCAAGAGGGGUUUCAGACCCCCACAGCACUGCCCCACUCUGGCCCAGGUGGUCAGCCGCAAAGUCCAGGCUGCAGUGCCAGAACAGGGCAUGGUGAUCUUGAAAGACAUAAAGGGCACCAAAGAAGAAGACAAGACUCCUCCAGCCUGGUUCACCUCUUACAUGGAGAAGUUUAAGGACCAGGUAGUCCGUGAGGCGGUGGAGAAGAUCUGCCGGGAGUUCUCUGGACAGUGCUGCAUUCACAAGCCCCUGGGGGGAGGAGGAGGAGGAGCAGGAGCAGGAGGUGGGGGAGGUAGAGGGGAAGCGGUAGGAGGAGCAGAGGCUCAGCAGGUCCCCGAGGUUUCCUCCUCCACUCUGCCUGGAGCUCUGUCCUCCUCCUCACCUCCCUGCUCCUCCUGCCGGGGGCAGACCACGGGAGGAGGCUACCAGUGCAGUGUGUGUACUUCCUGUACUCUGUGCGAGCCCUGCAGCUUCUCUCAUGAUCCCAGUCACAACCUGGUGAGAGCCAGGACUCCUCUGUCCAUCCCGGAGCACGGAUCACCUGCCCCAGACCACAGCAGGUUCUACAGGCGAGGUGACCGCAGUUUCCGAAAGGCGGAGAAGCAGCGGCUGAAAGCAGAGAAGCGCCUGCUGAAAGCUGAGGUCAAGGAGAUCCGAAAACAGCUAAGAAUGGAAAGGCGGGGCCUACAGUGGAGCUCCUCCCACAGAGAUGGAAGCUCCUCCCCUGUCCUUCUGCAGCCUCGAGCCACCCAGCACAACAGCCCUGAGCGUCCAAAGCGUCCCUGUCCCCUGGUGGUUCCAGCCAUGACGGCUGCAUUUCUGGACGAAAACCUUCCCGAUGGAACCCGACUGCGUCCUGGGACCAAGUUUAUCAAGUACUGGAAGAUGAGGAACACUGGAACAAUCUGCUGGAGCGCUGACACAAAGCUGAAGUUCAUGUGGGGAAACCUGGCGGUAGGUUCUGGGGACCGUUGGAGAGAAGUGUCUGUUCCCUUCCUCCAGCCAGGACAGGUUGGUAUAGUGAGUGUGGCGCUGUGUGCUCCUGCCGUAGAGGGCUCCUACACCUCCCACUGGCGUCUGGCCCACGCUGGAGAGCAGUUUGGACCCCGGGUCUGGUGCAGCAUCGUGGUCGAUCCUCUGGCCCCAGCGCCCAUGAUGGCUGAUGGGAUACUGGUGUCACCGUGUGUCACGCCACAGGGUAGGAACCCAGUUGUGAAGGAUGGACAAGCCAGUGCAGCAAGGGAGCAGCCACUAAUGUCAGUGGACCAAGAGGAGUACUACAUCCCCUCUGUGGACCUGCUCACUGCACAGGAUCUUCUAUCUUUUGAGCUGUUGGACAUCAACAUCGUCCAAGAGUUGGAGAGUGUCCCAAACAACACCCCUGCUGACGUUACUCCGUGCAUGUCCCCUCUGCCUCAAGAGGGCCACCUGCAGGACAAGGGCAGUCCCUCUCUGGCUCUCAUCCAGGAAGAAACAGAAGUCAUCAAUAGCAUCAUGGAUGUCCCUCAUGGGGUGGGAUCUGGAGCAGAGGGGGGCGGAGUCCUGGCUCAGGAGGAAGGGGAGGAUGACAUCAGCGGGACUCAGUUUGUUUGCGAGACUGUGAUUCGCUCAAUGACCCUGGAGGAGGCCCCUGACCGCGCCCCUCUGAGAGGGUCCCGCCCAGAGCCAGUGGUGCAUCCGGCUGCUCAGGGAGGCUCAUCCUCCUCUUCCUCCUGUGUGAAAAGUAAAACAAUGAAAUCCGAAGAGAGUGCAGACAGCAGCCCCAGCACCUCUAAAAGCCCCCUGAAACCACCGGCUACACUGAAAGCCUCCCUGCCGGCUCCCCUGUACAUGGCCUUGACUCUGGGACCCGGCCCCAGCUCUGCCCCGACCCCGCUCAUUGCUCCGCCAAGGUCCUCCACACUGCAGGAGCACACAGCCACAGUUGAAGGUGAGGAGUCCCACAUGGAGAACAUCCAUGUGGAGAAGGGGCCAGAGGAGGAGAAGGAGGGAGGGAAGAAGAGAGAAGGGACAAGGAGUCGCUCCUCCUCCACCUCCUCGGAGGAUUACAUCAUCAUCCUCCCUGACUGCUUUGACACCAGCCGGCCACUGGGGGAGUCCAUGUACAGCUCUGCUUUGUCCCAGCCUGGUGACAUCCCAGCCAAGAUCCCCACAGACCCAGAAACCCCAUCUCCCAACCAACCGGGCAGUUCAACCCCAGAGGGGGAGCUUGGUCAGGCGGACGAAGCCGCGGCAUCUCCAGGGAUGGCGGUGUCGGGCGCCAGCAGCGCCAACGACAUGCUUUGUACGUCUCAGACGCUGGACGACGAGCCUCUGACACCUGAAGUGGUGGCACCGCCUCAAGCCAUCGUCACACCAAGUCCAGGGAGUAGUGGAGAAACAGAUGUGGACCCUGCCACUUCUGGGGAAGGAACAGAGGGCUCUGAACUGUACCAAACUGAGGAUGUCUCUGGUCCUGAACAAACUCAGACAGAUGAUGCUGAAGUUACUGAAGACACAGAGGACAUCCCUGAGGACCCCAGGCACCCAGGCCUCACCAGCGGCCUGGUGAAAGGAGCUCUGUCAGUAGCUGCGUCUGCCUACAAAGCUCUGUUCACUGGACAAGGUCCCACACAGCCUCCAGUGGAUGCAUCCACCCAGGACACCAUGAUGGCCGUGCUGGUGGAAAUGGGUUUUGGGGAUCGGCCGCUGAACCAGCGGCUGCUGAAGAAAUACAACUACAACCUGCUGGACGUGGUCAACGAACUUGUUCAGAUGACUGACAAUGACUGGUACUCUACACGCUACUGACAAGAGACAGACAGACAGACAGACAGAGAGGAAGAAGACGUAUAGGAAGAAGAGAAAAAGAGAGAGAAUGAGAUCAAACAAGAAAUUCCAGAGGAGGAAAGACUGGAAGAGAGAAAUUCAUUUCUGCUGAUCUAAAUUGUUUUUUGCCUCCACCUUUUUGCCUCCACCUUUCGUCCAUCUCUCCUCUGAUUGGUCCGGUUGGAUUGAGAUCAAUCCUCUCUCAGGCCAUUUAAGGAGACAUUCCAGCUAACUCUCUGGGAUAUUGUACUGGAGCAUCAACACCCACUGUCUGGAGCAUUACUUUCAGCUUAGGUCUAGAUAGUGGCAGGGCAGCUGCUUUGUAUAGGAGUUUAAGAGGGACAAGGACAGAGAGGUGUUCCUCAAGUGUUCAAAAGAGCUAUGUGUAGCAUUUAGCAUUUGCCAGAAUGGAGUCCCCUUGCAGCCUGCAGAGGGCACUGCUCCAUUUCUUAUGAAAAGCUAAGAGAAGUAUUAAAACUGGUAAAAGCUCCCAGUAACCACAAACAAGUAUUUAAAUGUGACAUAGCAUGCUAACGUAAAGCUGUACCAUCACAAAGUCAACAGUUCCACUUCCACGCUCAGAAGUAAUGUAACAGAUUUGACAGUUAAUGUAAGCUCAGUGGCCAGCAGAGGUACACAUUCCCACAUCAAUAAUCAUUGUUGAAAUGCUACUUAUGCCUUUUAUCUGGGACACUGAUGAAGUACAGAGCAGCGAUAUAAUAUCAAGAAUACAGAUGUGCACUGAGAAGUUAAGUUCUCAGAGCACUGCUGUACUUCUGUUUAACUGUGUGUGUGUGUGCGAGCAUGGUGGAUCCCUUCUGCUGUUUGUCACUACACAUUCAUAAGAUGUCGCUACGCUAAGAGAGCUAGUCGCUGCUUUCCUGCCAUGAUCUCAACAUUAAACAAAUAGUAAGUCAUGUUUACAUUGUGCAAAAUCUUUAAUCCCAAAUGCAGAUUUUUCAGAGUUGGCCAAGGAUUAUCUGGACCCGACCUGCCUUAGAGUUCAGGUAACAAACAGAACUCUAGGCCCACCUGAAAAAGGGUUUAGGCCGGUUGAGUUUGGUUCAUUUAAAAUGUAAUUUGUAGAAAAUUGAAGAAAACACAGUCUGCCACAGACGCAGACUGCAGGAAUACAGCAAGGCAGUCUUCUGUUCUUGGGUCCGGGUCUUAAAAUUGUCAGUACCGAUUGUGUUCAGUCGGGUCCGGACUCUGCCUGUUUUACAGAGGGAACCAUCUUUUAAAUGUGUACCGUUGUGUUUGCAAGUUGUUGCAAAUCAAUGCACUUUGCCAAUUGAUUUCCCAGAGAUGUUAUUGGAAAAUUCACUUACUGGUGACAUAUAUGGAGAUUGUUCUACAGAACUACAUCUACCCCUGUUGGCAGUUAAGCAUGUGAACGAUGCUGCUGGCGUCGGAGCCACACGUCUAUGCAUUCAUGAUCCUUGAGCUGGGUACAAAGUGAUGAUCUGUGCUCAUUCAGGUUCAAAUAUACAGUAUAGCAUUAUUAAUACUAAUAUUAUUGUUGUCGAUAUCACUGGAGCAUUGAAAGGGUGUCCACACACCUCUCACUGUACUGUAUAAUCUACUGAAGACUAGUCGAUGACCACUAAAGGCAGAAACAACAUUCCCCCAUUAGAGCUUUCUGGGAUCUGGAUUUAGUGUUUGCACUUAAAAGCUUGCAGGUCACAGUCAACAAAGUUGUUCCUAAUGUUGACUCUCCCGUCUUACACACAUUCUCUGGACCUGUUCGCUGUUGUUGUAAGCUGGUUCUCACAAUACGCAUCCUCAGUGUUCCCUGAUCAUCCAAUAAACUCUUCGUUUUGAGGGUUAAAAUGUUAGAAAUUAAGAAAUUCCUCACAUUUUGUUAUCUUUAUUUCUCUUCUUCUAACAUCACACAUGACACAGAUCUUUACAAAUGGCUGCUCAACUUGUCUGUAGACAUGUGUUGACCUCAAAUAGGAUCCAGCUAUGUUGAUGUGUUCAUAUCAUUUUGCACUCCUGUCAUGUGUUUUGUGCUUCUUCAAAGUGGUCAGGUGUGCCGUUGAUCCUCCUCAAGGAUGUGUACUUCUUCUGGUAGAGUACAUGAAACGUAUGUACAGUUAACAGUAAGGUCAUUCCAAACUUAAGCUGGAAUGAAACUAUGUUUCUUUCCCUUCACAGAUGUAUGAAUAUAUACAGAAGCUCCUCGUGUGAAGCAAUGACGAUCAGUUGACUUCAUUAGUUUGAGUUCUGAUUGUUUACGGUGCUUCUGCUCUGAAUGCUGAUUAUGUUGUAUUUUUAGGCUUAUCAUGUGCUGGUUGAAUUUGCUCUGUUGUAUGUGUUAAUGUUUUUGUUUGUAAAAAAAAAAAAAAAAGUGAGUGGAUUUGGGGUUGGAGUUGACAUAACUUAAUAAAUCAGCACUUGUAGAAAUAUGAAUACAUAAAUAAGUGCUUCAAAAAAA